AUGAGUUAGUAUGCUGGGACAUGUACUGCAGUCACGGAAGUUAUUCAUCAGUAACAUAGCAUGAUGGUGCUAUUUUUGGAACAAACUUAAGCAGGGUGCUUUGCAGAAUAAUGCUAAUGACAGUAAAGUGAGAUUAGUUUUUAAGGCUAGUAUUCACUCAGUUUGGCUAUAUUAGUUAUAGAAGGUCAAGUGGGCAGCAUUACAUAAACAACUGCAACAGAAGUAAUAAGAUUACGUUGACAUGAAUCUCUCAUUGUUGAUGUAUAUUUGUUGGUGUGUUACAAAGCAGCAAUUUUUAAGUUGAAGAAGCAGAAGAAAAAUGGAGAUGCAAGUCACCUGGCAUUUGUUAACACUGUUAAUCACAACAUUAGGGUGAACAGCCCAAGUUAGUUGUAGUACAACCACCAAUAUAUCUGUAAUAGUUUACACAUUCUAAGGUCCUGUUAUUUAUGUAAUAUACGGCACUAUGAGACACGUGCACUUUGCAUGUGUUCUAUAUUUGUUAGCCAUACUUUUUACAGUUCGAAAUAUUAGUGAGAUCAAUCUGCCAGUUUAGUUUAUUAUUUUUUAAUUAUUGAAAGAUUGCACAAUCAUCAGCAAUCAUGUGAAGGUCAUUAAUGUAUACGUGAAAUAAUAGGGGACCUAGUACAGAACCUUGCAGUGCGUCUGCUGUCAUCGUGAGCUUCUCUAGAGCAGUUAUGGCCAUUAGCAUUAGCAGACUGAGUUAUUACUCAAAAAACACUGAGUAGGUUUUAAGAGGUUAGGGUCAGUGUUAAGUCAGAUUAGAUUGUUUUGCUUAAUUUCUUUAAUUAUUGCUUUAUAGCCUGUGGUGAAGGGAGUGAAACUGUAUCAAAGCAUUGACACUGUCGCGAUGCAUAACACUUACUAAGAUGGCUUACAAAAAUCUGUUGUAUGCAGUUUUCUACAGAAGUUCUAGCACUACUGUUUGUAGGAGCUUCAAGCAAGAUGUUUCAACCAGCUUGGGAAUGGUGGACAGUACAUGGAUUUACCUUAACUUCAUCCUUCUGGGUUCAAAUAAUUUACGACUCUUCACAUUGAACAGUUUCAAGAAAAUAUUGCUUCAUAUAUGCAGUAACUCUCAAUGAUUAUACAUAUGUACUGAGACUUAUUGCUGUGUGAUGUUUAGAAAACAUAUUGCUGGAAAAUUUAGAUAUAGCAUAAAGCAUAGGUAAUGCAACAAAUACUUGUGAAGCCACAAGCCCAAACAUUAGACAAAUCCGUGUUCUACUUACAGUUCCCUUAGUAUCUAAUGAUUGCAGUACCGAAGUUUCUUCUAGUAAAUAUUGUAGGAAACUCUACGGUAGUUGGACCUAGUUUGAUGUAAAAUUAAUAAUAGGGCUGACAGUAACACAGAUGUUUGUCUUUCAGUCUAUUACAUCUGUAGUCCUCAGGUGAAAUAUAUUGAGGAUCUCGUCAAAACAUUACUAAUGUUAUAGCUACCAGACUUGGCUCUAGUGGCAGCAAGGGAUAGCACAAUACUUCACUUCCUCCGACUUUAAUUCUUACACAAUGAAAUGUUUUUUACGUGAGGAAAAUAUUAGGAUUUCCUAAACCCUGUCAUUGUACAUGCAUUUAUGAAAAUAAGUGAAUCAAGAACGGAUCACCCUUGUAUUACUCAAUAUCAUAUGAAGUUGCUAUCAAAACCUCCAUGAAUGUAGAAAAACCUCAUUAUUAGCACUAUCAUCUGCAUUCUUUCAUUUCAUUGGUAUUUCAUAAUGAGCAUUGUUUUAAAAUUAAAGAUUACAUUCGGGUAAACCGUUUUGUUUUCUGUGUGCAGCAUUGAGGCAUUCCAGCUGUCCAGCAACGCUCAAAGGUGAAAAGUCAGCGCAGGGACGCCUCCACUGCUGUCAGUUCUGCGACUACGAGACUGAAAGACUGUCUGAUCUGAAAGUACACAACAUGGUCCACUCAGGCGAGCGACCUUUUCAAUGCCAGUUAUGCUCUCAGAGCUUCUCGCGAAGCUUCCAGCUUAAAGAACAUCAGCGUAUCCACACAGGCGAGCGGCCAUAUCGAUGCCCAUCAUGCCAUUACAGCUUCUCGCACAAGUCCACUCUGUCCAAACACCUGCGCACCCACACAGGUGAGAAGCCAUUUCAAUGCCCCUCGUGCCCUCAGAGCUUCUCACGGACUACGAACCUACAGACACAUCUGCGCAUACACACAGGCGAGCGGCCAUUUCAGUGUCCCUCAUGCUUUCAGAGCUUUUCCCAAAUGGCCAACCUAAACGCUCACCUGCGUACUCAUACAGGUGAGCGACCAUACCACUGCACUGUUUGCUCCAAGUCAUUUGGACGAAACCCCGACUUGACGAGACACAUGAAAACACACCAGCGGCAUGUGUACGUUUGGAUUUUGGCAUGUUGUGAGUGGUUUUCUUUUCAUUGUGCAGGAUCAAGUCAUUCUUCCUCUCCAACAACUGCCGAGGAUGACAAGUCACAGCAAGGACGCUUCCACCACUGUGAUUUCUGUGACUAUGAAACUAAAAGAUUGUUUGAUCUGAAAAAACAUAACAGGGUCCACACAGGUGAGCGUCCAUUUCAAUGCCAUUUGUGCCCUCAGAGCUGCUCACAAAGGUCCAAGCUGAAGGAACACCUGCGCAUCCACACAGGCGAGAAGCCAUUUCAGUGCCCUUCAUGCCCUCUGAGCUUCUCACAAAGGCACAUCCUGAAUGAUCAUUUGUGCAUCCACUCAGGUGAACGGCAAUAUAAGUGCCCUUUGUGCUCUCUGACUUUUGUGAAUAACAGCCACCUGAAGAGGCACAUACGCACCCACACGGGUGAACGACCAUACUGCUGCACCAUCUGCUUCAAGUCAUUUGUGCAGUCUUUUGACUUAAACAGACACAUAAAGAAACACCACCACCACACCAGUCAAUAGGCCACCAAUCAUGUAUGUGCGCAUUAUGUAUCAGAGUCUAAUUAUGAAUCUACCUUCCUGCAUAAUAUGGUGCAUGGCAUUCUAGCGCAUCAGGAAGCGAAUGUUGCACCAUGUUCUCAUAUGUUGAACUGCUAGGCAACUUACAGGAUGUUCUGUCAUAGUCUAACAAGUUGUAGGGACAUUUAUUGUAUUGACAUUGCUUGCAUUACAGUUGCCAUAUUCUUAUGGUAUGCCUUCAUGUGAAGGCACAGCAAAGUUAGCAUCAUUUGUCUGUGAACUACACCUUCCAAGCAUUUGUGUGUUCAGUAAAAUAUUCAUGAUAAAUUACAAAUGUUAGGCCAAUGAUCAAUACUUGUUGUGCCCUCCAAGUAUACUACUACAUAAGCGAACACUUCCAAGUUAAAAAGCCCCUCGCCAGGUUUGGGCAUUACCAACAGACAAAUGUGUUGCAUAGGUCAUGCGAUUACAUUUAACCAGCUAUGAAACCGUUCCAUGGCGCAAAAACAUUUCAACAUCCUUCUUCUUGAGGGAUCCCCACCUCCUGCCAGAGAAUCAAGGUCACAUGUAUAAAUGCAUCUGCAUAAAACACACUCGAUAUAACAUCACCAGUUACGGCAUUUACUUGAGUAAACCAUCAAAUGCAGAAUGCACUAAACCUAUUUCUAGCAUCACAAGCUCACGACACAGGCUUGCGCUUUAUUUAUUCUUUAAAUUUUUAAGUUCUCUGCUGCAUGACCACCAUGGGUCAUGGUCAUGUGGCUUCCACUCGCAUCGCAAUAAUGUGAAUAGACAAUUUACUGCUGUGGUAAAAAAAGAAGUUAAAAAAGAACUUUAAAACUGCAAUCAGUUUGUUCGAAACUCUUCCAACAGCCAUUACCACUAUUGCUUGUGCGUAUCAAAGGAGCGUGAUUGUGCGACCCAUGGCUCCAGUCAGGAGGAGUUCAUUUAUCAGUUUUACUUCACAUUUGAUUGGGGUAACACUCUGUAAGUACAAAGUUGCCAUUUAUCGUUGCUACAACAGCCACUUUGGCAGUACAUGCAUGCUCCCUUGCAUUGUCAUUGCGAUCCCCACAUUAGGCCGGCAUCGAAAAGCGAUAACAGUGAGAGUAUGCAGCCACAUCAGCUGGGGCGGCCCGUCCGUGACACCCUCGGCACUCCUUUUGUGCCAAGAAUGAAGUAAAGCAUUUACUUAGGUGGCAUCGAGCAUGAGGGGCUCAACGGUGCACACAACGUGUGGUACUGCGCGAGUCUCUACACUAGGUAUUCGAUUCGUGAAUCGAAUUGUUGAAACGUCCACUAUUCGAUUCUGCAAUAUUCGAUAUUCUCACUCCCCUAAUGUUGAGCGCUGGCAAAGAUGCAUGAUGUAUAUAUGACAGUGCUGUUGGCGGAUGUGGCAAAAUUAGAGCAGUAAAAAUUGUACCAUUGUCACCAUUCGCCCUGCCCAUCCUACAUGUCAUGACCCUUGUGACGAACAGCAAUGGCUGUGAAAUAUGGGCACUGUAGUUUCACUAGCGACAUGCUUUUUUGUAUAAUACUUCAAUAAUGACCUGCUCAUUUGGGCAUAAAUUGAGACAGAAAUUGUUCAUUGAGUAAGUCAUGGUUGUUUGAUUUGGUUCUCAAAAUAAAAUCUAUCAUAAUUUCGCUCGAAAGCCUGUGCACUUGAGGAGUCUCGUCGCAGGGACUGACAAGCAGUGAGCUGUCGUGUCGGUGCGUAGAAAUCCAAGCUGCGUCUCUAUGCAGACAUUUGCUGCAUCUCUGUGUGGGCAGUGGCUCAGUUGAGGCUCAACAAAAUAGUGGCGAUGGGCCUAGUGUUACACUGCUGCUUGCAUCAUGCCUCACUGCAUAGCGGUUGUUCAAACUACUACAGCCAUGUUCAUGGCAAACUAAUUUAGUGGGGACACAGCAGCAACAAGCUCUUGACAAAGUAUAAACUCCACUUUAGUGAUAAAAUGUGUAACGUUCUGGAGUGUGCAAGACAUAGUGGGGGAUAUUCAGCACUUUGUACGAAUCGCACAUCUCAGCGUUUUUUUUUAUAAUCUCACUAUACUCUUGACCAAUUAGAGCCCAUUAAGCAACCUGUGGUGCCUCUUGCAGCCACUGCUGCUGCUCGUCUUUGUUAGAAAAAGUGACUUGCAGUGACCUGCGGCCAGUUAAACAGGGGUUUUUGUAUUUAGGAGUUGAGAAACUAAUAAUUUGCUAAAACCUCACAUUUUUCAAAAGGAGUUUUGGUUUCCUUUUAAGCAAUAUGGCUGCACCCACAGAACAGCCUAUUUCAACAUCUUGUUGGGGCCUUUUUCUCUGCAUUCACCACUCCUUUGCUGCAUACAAUAAUAAAGUGAAAGAUAACCAGCAGUCCUGUCUCAUGUUUAAGUAAUUUUGCCAUUUACGUAUUGUCUCAACAAAAGACACCUUGAAACACUCGGUCAUCACUUCUGGCUUAACUACGUACUUGUCUUUCUUCCCCUCUUGAAACACAGAGUAAUCUAUAAGAUUGCGCCAUGCCAUAGUGUUCAACUUAGUGGCAGUGGACUGAUAUGAAAACAAUUGAAAUUGUGGUACUCAGCACCAGUACCAUGUGGCUCCUUGUCCAUAGCAAUGCUUAUUACAUACUAAUUCCAGAUAACACCUGUACUGUGGCUUCCACCCAAUAUUUAUCUGUAGAAUUGUAUUGGCUUCUAACUCUGAAAAAAUAUUGUGGGUGCCUAUUCUCUGCAUUACUUAGGGCUAAGGUGAACUUCUUUACUGUGUCACUUUUUCUGCAGGUGCUUCUAUGAAUCUGCUAUACAGCUUGAGGGUACAUUUAUUCAUUUAGAUAUACCGUCAUGCUACCUUGUCCUGUCACUUUUUUUUGCUGCUGAUUCUAUCGGUACAUUGUGGUAGUAUGUGAAACUUUAUUGGGUCAUAUGAGUGGUGCUAUGAAAAGUUUUAUAAGGUAUUGUAUGUACAGCCUUGUCACGGGAAGUGAAGCCAACAGGAGCACAAAUGUUCCUUCAUCUUUGAGGAAUUCUUAGUGCUGUAAAACUGUGAGGAGUAAAUACACUCUGAUGCUUUGACUGAUGCCAACAUAGCACGAGGCCAACAAAACAUUUCGUAUUCCACUGCCAUCAAUAACAUGGUGAUUCUGUUUCUUUCAACAAAGGCUGUGCAUAAGGUAUUUUGCCUUGUGGCUGGCAUGAAGAGUUCAUUCUUGGCCGUGCUGUUGUCCACUUUCUCUACCCGCAUGUGUAUCACCAGUAGGUUAGCAGUGCUAUAUUCACACUCCCACUAUGUAGCAGUAUUUAGAAUGUGCGAUGGCCUUUGUUCGUGGCUGUGUCUUUGUGAAUUUUCCUUCAUUACUGACUGUGGUUUCAGUACUUUUUCUGGGCAUCUGAUAAUAUGUGAUCUUUUAUAUUCAUCUCAUAUUUUUAUUGUCUGUUACCUUUAAAAUGUGUACUCUUUCUUGGUGCUUUGUUUCUUAUUACUCUGUCUGAACCAUGUCACAUUAUUCUUGGAUGUAAGCAUUUCUUUACAGUAAUUUAAUAAUUUGUGUUUAAUUAGAAUUCAUCUCACAGUCCUUGUUGGAGCAUUACAAAAUCAGUGUGCUUUGUGAAUGCAUUGUUAAACAUUGCUUAUAUGUUGUUAUUUUUUUGCUUGCACCUAUGGAAGUGAUCUUUGCAAUUGUCUGUUUAUAAACUUAAUUUUUCACUUUCUUACUACCACUAUCCCUAGCAUUUUAUGCUGUUGGAUGCUCCAAGAGAAUUUCAGUGCCGACACUAGGAAGUUUAAUUUGUUAUUGCAAUUAAAAACACUUGCUAUGAGAAAUAUUUAUCAGAAAUUUAAAUUAUAUGCCAGUUCAUAAGACCCAUCUGCUUUUUUGAUUCCUACAUGUUCAUGUAAGACAUCGACAGUUCUGAAGGCACUGGUGCUACAUUUUUCUUUAGUGCAGAGUUCGUGCAGAUCCUUAAAAGGCUUGAAGAUUCUUUAAAUUGAAAAUCACAUCUUCAAUGGCUUCAAUGGGCUGAAAUAUUUAUGGGUUUUUAAAAAAUUAUUAACUUUUAUUUUAACAGUUACAGUUGUUGAAUGAAUGAUCAGACUUGCAGAGGGUCACCAAAAUUUCAAGAAUCAGAAGUCCAGAAAACAAUUAGAUACUUUUAUUCUGCAAGUUGGUGGAAAAAAUUGUCAGUGCAUUAUCAUAUGCACCUGCCCUAAUGCUUGACACAUCAGAAUGUAUUUUGCCCAAUGUCAAGAUAAACAUGCUUGCAGUUCCUAGCAGCAAAUUCAUA